AUGAGCCGUCCACAACGCAUGGAGCGCCACCGCGUGUCCGGCCUGCAAGCGGAACCCAUAUUCCCGGCCAGAUAUCGCGAUCCGCUGUUGACCACGAGAACAGUGCCUGGCGGAAAGACACUGGUGACGGAAGUCCGAAGAUAUCCGCGAAGUCCGACCAAACCUGUUUUGCCAGCGGGCAGGCAAAAACGAAGUGACGAAGAGAUUGGACCGUGGAAGGACAGUGGGGACACUGGGUAUGCUGGGGUGCGAAGGAGAUCACUCUUUGGCCGAGCGGGAGAGCAUUCAUCAAGAGCUUGUAAUACGUCUCCCUAUGGCGCGGAAGGAGAGGCCCACGCCACAGUCGCUUCCAGAUAUCCGGCGGUGGAGUACCCAGUUGCGAAGCACCAUCGACUGUAUGGUCAGCUGCAUAGCCAACCUCCAAAAAUGAGUUCAAGAAUUUUAGGUUGCAUCCUUCGCGUGUGUCAUUCAUUCUCAUACAAGUCAAAAACUAUCAAGAUUCUCGAAUG